AUGUCCUCCAAGUUAGAGCCAGCAGAUACAGAACUGCCCUUCGAUUCUGACGACUCCGAGCACACCAGCUUCCUUCUGUCGUCGUUCCAAACAGGUCUCAACCUAGUUCGUCCCUGGGCACCGCAGCUGGUCCCACUGGUCGUCUGUCUGGUCUUCAUCCCUCUUAUCUUGGCAUUGUCAACCAUUGCUGGCUAUGUGGUGUGGUCAAACCUUUCAGCGCAAUGGGAGACGCCAUUGUACAUGCAGUAUGGAGACGGUGUAACACCGUAUGCCCAAAUUUCGAUCCACAACCUGCACUCCCAGCAGCGCUACGACGUAUCUCUUCAUCUCAAAGUACCAGCCACAGAGUCCAACUUCCAACUUGGCAACUUUAUGACCACCUUGACAUUGACGACGAUGAACAACGCAACACUGGCGACCGUCCGACGACCGGCCAUCGCCAUUGAACCAAACCCGAGUGGAUGGUGGGCCUGGUUCUUUGGAAAGCCCAAUGUGAUCAACAUCGAUGUCCCACUUCUGUCGGCCUUUGUCCCCGGGAACUCAAGGAUCCAAGGCCAUGUCCAAGUUGGUCGGUUCGACCAAUGGAAGAGCAUUGGAAGUGGCCAGGGACGUGAACUGAGUAUCCUUUCGGCGUCCCUUCGAGGAUUGGCCGUACCGCAUGGUAUCCGUGGUCUCGCCAUUCGAUUCCGUUUGCUAUCCUCGUUGGUCGCAGGGUUCACUUUCCUUACGAUCCUCACUGUCAUCAUGGGCACAUGUGUCCUCCCAGCUGUACUUCCUUCGCAAGACGCGUUAACUGAAGGGGAAGGGAAACCAAAGCGCAGGGUCGGCUCAAAUUCCAUUGCUUUCCCGUCUUACGACAACUUGAAAGUUCGUAAGAAGCGGAAAUCCCAUGCCCGGAGGAGCACUAGCGAGGGAACAGGAUUGGGACUAAAACAAGAAGAGUCGUUCUCAAUGAUACCGCCUGCCGAGGAUCCCAUCCCCGAGAGGAUUCGCCAGCGCAGGAUUAGUACCAAACGCGAGUCCCAAGAAGAAGAUUCUUAA